AUGAGCAGCGGCCCAAGUGCCGAAAAUGCGUCUCCACUGGCCGCAACUGCCCUGGCUAUUCUGUCCCGAUCCGCCAACCAACGGCGAUCACAAUAUACAAUCUCCCCUUCAAAAUUCUCAGACUCGACACUAUGGAUGGACCUUAUGAUGCAGCGUAUGCAGCAUCAACCGGUGGUCCGUAACGCUCUUAUCGCCCUCAGUUCUUUAUACAAAGAUUUCCUACAGCAGGGAAACCUAUCUCUUAGGGCAUCCCCACAGAACAUCUUAAUCAUCACCAAAGCACACAAACAAUUACGCACCCAUCUUUUAUCGCGUGAUGCUUCGCCCGAAGUGGCCCUUAUCUGCAGCCUCAUCUUCUACAUCCUCGAAUGCCUUGUCGGCAACUCACAACAAGCAAUCUGGCAUCUAGAUCAAGGAUUGACUCUCUUGCAACGGUGUCAGAGUGAAUAUCCUGAUGUUGUUUCUGCGCCAGAAUUUGGGCACCUGAUGGCAGUCUUCUCGCGCCUUGAUAUUCAUGCCAGCAUCUUUGGUAAUGACCGGGCUCCCAUAUUGAAUCUUGCAAAGGCCCCGGAAUUCUCAUCUACUGUACCAGAUUCUUUUAUUCGUUUGUCUGAUGCUGAGCAUUCACUAACAGUCAUGCAAAACUGGCUUAUACAUCAUCUCAUUUCUUCGCUUGAGCACAGAGAGAAGGCUCAAGAGCAGAUUCCUUUGGAUAUUAUACAUGAGAGACAGCAACUGGAGAUACAGUUUCUACGAUUAGAGUGUGGGAUCGAGGACCUGUUUCUUGGGCCACAUGAAAAGGCCCAAAAGCCCCAACAACAACAGCGCGUGCUGCUACUACAUAUCCAAGCGAUGAUUUUCCAUGCAGCCUUACUGGAGAACAUAUUUAUCUCUUCCGAUAAGUCGAACAUGGCAAUUGAAGCCGACCUCAGGUUUGAUCUCGCUCUCUCCAAAAUCAAAUCACUAUUGUCUUCGUGCCCCGAGUCCAGCUCUGCUUCCUCAAAUCGAGAAUUUACAUUGUCAACAAAUAUCAUUGCUGUGCUAUACUAUAUCUGCAUGAAGACCAGGAAUCACCGCAUCCUGAAAACGGCCCUUUCUCUCAUCCAGAGUUGUUCAGUGUCGACCCGUGAUGGUCUUUGGGAUGCUAGUAUGGCAGCAAGUGUUGUGCAAUAUUUGGCUCCAUACGAUGUCUCUGAGGGUUGUGGGUCGGAAAUUGUAAAAUUGGAGGAUGUUGGUUCCGGAAUUGUGGAUACUAGUGGUGGCCUAGAUGAGGCAUUCAGGUUACUUAGAAUUAUGGAGAGCUCAGAGCCCGAAGUAAUACAGUCAUAG